GCCAGCCAGUCUGCCCGCAGCGCCCGGCGAGAGAGCACGCGGAACGCAGGAGCUCUGCCGCCGCGGACGACUUCGCGCAUCGCGCUCUUGCCGGCACGCUCGUCGACGUCGAAGACCCCAAACAGUGACAUUCGCUUCGCCGCCCGGUCACCGCGCUACGACCCGACCACCUGGCCAAGGACCGGCCCAGCGCCACUGGAUUACGCCCCUGGAUUUACGCGUGUGUGCGCCUGUGCGUGUGUGGGUGCGAGUGACAUGUGAAACAGUGUUAGUGCUGAAUUAGAGAGUGAUGUCGCCGAGCUGCCCGUCGUCGCCUCGGCCAGGAAUGCCCGCCAGGAUACCGCGGCGGCUCGAAGGCUGAGACGGCCACCAUCGCCUCGACGCGGCUCUUCCGAACGAGGUGAGUUGGCUGCGCCGUUUGCGGUUCGAGAUGAGGAUUGCGGCCGAACCCCCGAAUCCCCGAAUCGGAAAGAGAUGAAAGGGGAGAAUCGGGUCAAUCGGUGACCAUGCUGCUGCUCGUGCUGCUGGCGGCGCUGGGCGGCGUCCUGGGGCAGGGCCUCGGCGGCCACGGGCCGCACCCGGGCCCCCAUCCCGGACUGAGCCCCGCGGGGGGCGUGGGGUCGGCGUCGGCGGCCCUGGGCCGCUGCGAGGAGAUCACCAUCCCCAUGUGCAGGGGCAUCGGGUAUAACCUGACGUCCAUGCCCAACGAGCUGAACCACGACACCCAGGACGAGGCCGGCCUGGAGGUGCACCAGUUCUGGCCGCUGGUGGAGAUCAAGUGCUCCGAGGACCUCAAGUUCUUCCUGUGCUCGCUGUACGCGCCGCUGUGCAUCCCCGACUACCUGCACCCGCUGCCGGCGUGCCGCAGCGUGUGUGAGCGCGCGCGCUCGGGCUGCGAGCCGCUCAUGCACCAGUACGGCUUCCAGUGGCCCGAGCGCAUGAACUGCGAGAAGCUGCCCGAGAGCGGCGACCCGGAGCACCUGUGCAUGGAGCAGCAGGAUCGCGGCGCGGCGGGGGCGGGGUCGGGGUCCGGGGGCAGGCACCCCGGGCCGGGCCCCACCAAGCGGCCGCCCAGCCAGUUCGCCACGCCCGCCACCAAGUGCAAGCCGGGCAAGAACGGCAAGGGCUGCCCCCAGCAAGUGUUCCCCGACCGGGACCGCGACAGGAACACUGGGCUGGUGCCCGGGGCGCCGGGGCGCGAUUGCCCGUGCAGGUGCCGACGUCCGCUGGUGCCGCUGGAGAGGAACUCGACGUGGUACAACCGCAACAUCAGCGUGGCGGGCGUGGAGAACUGCGCCUUCCCGUGCCGCGGCGUCUUCUUCACCAAGGAGGAGGAGCAGUUCGCCGAGGUGUGGAUCUCGCUGUGGUCCGGCAUGUGCGCGCUCUCCACCUUCAUGACCAUCACCACGUUCCUCAUCGACCGGCAGCGCUUCAAGUACCCGGAGAGGCCCAUCGUGUUCCUGUCGGCCUGCUACCUCAUGGUGAGCGUGGGCUACCUGAUCCGCGUGGGGCUGGGCCACGAGGAGGUGGCCUGCGACGGCGCCAUGAUCCGGUACAGCGCGCACGCGCACGGCCCCUACGCGCACGGCCAGGGCCAGGGCCCAGUGGCGUGCACCGUGGUGUUCCUGCUGGUGUACUACUUCGGCAUGGCGUCGUCCAUCUGGUGGGUGGUGCUGACGCUGACGUGGUUCCUGGCGGCGGGCCUCAAGUGGGGCAACGAGGCCAUCGCCGGCUACUCGCAGUACUUCCACCUGGCGGCCUGGCUGGUGCCCACGGUGCAGACGGUGGCCGUGCUGGUGAUGGCGGCCGUGGACGGCGACCCCGUGGCGGGCAUCUGCUACGUGGGCAACCAGAACGCGGACCACCUGCGCGUGUUCGUGCUGGCGCCGCUGCUGGUGUACCUGCUGCUGGGCAUGAGCUUCCUGGUGGGCGGCUUCGUGUCGCUGUUCCGCAUCCGCAGCGUCAUCAAGCAGCAGGGCGGCGUGGGCGGGCGCAGCAAGGCGUACAAGCUGGAGAAGCUCAUGAUCCGCAUCGGCAUCUUCAGCGUGCUGUACGCCGUGCCCGCCACCAUCGUCAUCGGCUGCCACCUGUACGAGAGCUCGCUCUUCACGGACUGGAUGCAGCCGCUGGCCUGCCCGUGCGGCGCCACGCCCACCACGCCGCCGCGCCCGCUGUACUCGGUGCUGAUGCUCAAGUACUUCAUGGCGCUGGCCGUGGGCAUCACGUCGGGCGUGUGGAUCUGGUCCGGGAAGACGCUGGACUCGUGGCGCCGCCUGUGGGCGCGGCUCUGCGGCGGCCACUCCCCGCACGGCACCCUCAUCGCCAAGCCCCACCCGCACCACCCGCACCUGCUGCCGCUGCCCGGCCACGGCAACCUGCACGGCACGCACGGCACGCUGCACAGCAACCUCCACGGCAUGCACGCCAACAUGGGCGGCAUGGGCGUGGGGUCGUCGCUGCUGAGCGCGCCCAGCGUGCACAUCGCGCACGGCGGCCUGGGCCACGGCGCGCCCAGCGUGCAGAGCUCGCUGUACCUCAAGCAGCAGCCGCUCAGCCACGUAUGACAGAGACAGAGCCCCGAUGGGCCCGACAGUGUCGUCGACGGGGACGAGGAUGCCGAGUCGGACGUCGAGGAUGUCCGGCACGGCCCGGUGGGGGCCCAGGCCCACGCCCAGGCCCACGCCCAGGCCCACGCCCAGGGCCACGCCCAGGGCCAGGGUCGCCUCAGGGGGCCCCUCAGCAACUACGGGCCCAUCUAGGUCGCCACGUCCACUCUGUCGCGGGCCGUCGCGAGGGCGUCACGCCGUGUUUUGCUAGUCAAUUUGAUGGGACGGAGGCCUUGCUGCCCGGCCGCCCGAUGGACCUAAUGCUGAUGCUGAUCUCUGGAGAGGAGCGAAGGGGAAGUCCAGGGUCAGUGUGGGGAAUCGAAUCGAAUCGAGGGGAAGGCUGCCAACGCCACCGGCUUCGAGUCUCUCUGGGAGAAAGCGAAAAAGUGUCUUCAAUUUAUUUUUUUUUUUCAUACCAAUUGAUUUCCCAUACUGACCCUCUUAUAGUCAAAUUAGCUCUGUGUGUGUGUCUGUGUGUGUGUGACUGUCUCUGUGUGUCUGAGAGUGAAAGAGUGCUCCUGUGAAAAGUGAGAACAAGUCUCACUGUUGACAUGCAUUCAGUAAUUGUUAAAUUAUUAGUGUCUGUUUUUCUUUCUUUUUAUUUUAUGAACAGGAGCUUUUUAAUACAAUGCUCAGUGUUUAGAAUUCUGAACUGUACGUUACAUUUAGCGACCAAUGAACUGUUUUAAGAUUGAAGUCUUUUAACUUACAUUUGCUGCACUUACAACUGCCGUACUCCAGUUCUUUGGUAUCAGCGAUUACCCACAAUCGUACUGCAUAAUCAAUCAAUGCUCAGUCGCGUCUCUUUUAUAUUGUGUACAAAUUGUAAAUGAAGUAACAUGUUAAUGUUAUUGUAAGUAGCACAUUAGAAAGAAGUACAUUUUCUAAGUGCAAUAGUCAUGUAAAAACAAAACUUUAGUUCACUUUUUAUUUUGUUGACUCAAUUUUCAUUAUCUGUUUAUGUAUUUUUGUUUUCUUUUAUUAUGUACAUUUUGUAAAUACUCAAAGAAAGAUUUAUCUAUAUAUGAAUGUGUGCGGAGGACAUAGUAUAUUAUUACUGUACAUUCUUUGUGUGUUUGGAUAGCAAUAGUAAAUAGUACAGAACAGAUUGGUUAAUUACUGCACACAAGUCUCCCAGAUCCAGGAAUGAAAUUUUUUAUGACUGGUCAUAGUAAUGUAGUUUACCACUAUAAAUAUUUGCCAGACUGAUUAUGUGUGCCUCCCUUGACAGUCCAGGCAAGUGAGUGUGAUAGAACUUUUAACUGCUGAGAGUUAGUCUCCUAAUUUGCGAUAUAGAGUUGGCUUGUCACCUUGACUUGUUCAUCUUCUCUUCUGUAAGACAAAUUUAUUCCUUCUCCAUCUAGAAGUAAUAUAUUUUUCUUGCUCUUUUUUUGUGACUUUAAUAGUCUGGUCUUGCAGCUCUGAAUGAUGGUGAACAUGGACUAUUCUCACCAUUCAGUCUUCUUUUAUCUGGAUGUCUAUGCAUAUGUGUCUUCGAAAUUAGUUUUCUUGGUACAUUCUAUCUGCAGUUUAUUUAAAGAUCAACACUGAAGAUAAAAGGAUUAAGGGGAUGAAUCUUUUCUCUAGUAGUCAUUUAGAGGUCAGUAAGUAGCUGAUAUUAUGUAUCUGGUAGCGGGGCAUAAUGAUACUGAUUAGAGCUGAUUGCAAUUAAAUUGUUCUCUUCAUUUAGUCACAUUAUAAAUGUAACAUAGAGCAGAAUCAGUGGUAAGAUUGAAUAAUCCAACAGGGUUUUUGUCGUAUCUUGUUCAUUGAGAUCAGUUAAACAACCUUCAAUACGUAACUCUCUUUUUUUUCAUACCCCAAAUUUUAGUUAAUUAACUAGAAAUACAUUAAUGUAUUUGUGAGUUCACACAAAGAGAAGCUGUGGCAAGUUAUAACAUGUGAAAUUGAAUUCUUGACCAGACAUAUUUUAGACGUGUUGGCUUAGAUCUGUUGCACGACAAGAUGUCCUUUGUAACUCUGUGUGUACAUUCCGUUACAUUAUCGUGGAUAGUGAACAUUAGUAUGUAUAUGAUGCAACCUGCCUCAGUUCGUUCUGCAUCUGCAAUUACUUAGCUACUAUUUGAUCUUUGAAAUGCUUUUAAAGAUCUGUGAUUUUCAAAGCAUGGACCCUUUAUUUUUGUGAUAUUUAUACCUCUUUUCAAUGUGCCAUUAUUUUCCAUUUUUCCUUGCGUUUUAUCUAUUUUGCUUGACAGACAUAUCAAGAUUCUGUAUAUUUAAGAUUUUCAGCUUUGUAAUUACCUUUGGAACUGCUUUUUCUCUUGUCAUAAUUACAUUAUGCCAAAAAAAGGGAUGUGAUUUGGUGCACCUUGGCGUGGACUUUGUUCCAUCAUUUGCCGACCAACUGUAUACGAUUAGCUAAAAUGUACAGGAUUGUGUUAAUUAUUUAUAAUGUUACUGUUUGCAGUAAUUUGUUUCAAAGCUUGACAAAAAAAAAGCAGAACAAUAAACAUGGGAGGCUGUCUACUUCAA